AUGCAGAAUUAUCCCUACAGCUUCUCAACACCUCCUGCUGCAGUGUACGGGGUGGGGGGCUACGGCUGGGACCCUUACAGCAGCCAGCUGCAGCAGCAGCAGGUGCUGCUGCUGCAGCAGCAGCAGCAGCAGCAGCGCCGCCCGCGCAAGUGCCCCCUCAUACUUGCUGCUGAGGCCGUCGGCUGGUGCCUUUCUGCUGCUGCUUGUGUCUGCUGCGCUGCAGUAGGUGCUGUUGUGUCUUGCUGCCACGCAGCAGCAGCAGAAGCUGAAGUCCUCAUUGACAGCAGCCAGCAGCAGCAGCUGCUGCAGCAGCAGCAGCAAACGCCCUACAAGCAGUACCAGGCCUACAGGCAGACCCAGGCAUAUAAUUACUAA